GGUAAGCGUUUUGACGUUUUGACGUGAUGUUAACGUGUUUAACAACAAAAUUAUGAUUUAAGGAGGUGGUUUUGUUAAUAUGUGUGAACUGCAGUGGGAUGCCUUAGCUGAGAUUUAUCUGAAAAAGCCGGAGAGUAAUCGAGAAGUCAUUUGUUUAUGUACUAGGGUUUUUAUACGUAACAAGAACAUCUUGACACAAAAUAUAUCUAUCGAACAAAGUGCUUCUGAGGACGAUAUACAGAAUGAGGAGGACAUUUCUAACACAAGCGACACUCUGCCAAAUUUACAAAGAAGCACCUCAGUCAAAAAUGAGAACGACCACGAGACUGUAAGCUGCUACUGUAGCGCAUCUCACACAGAUAACUUUUCCACCGACGAACAUGACAGUCUGAGGGAUACUCACGAGGUAACACUGAUUAAGGGAAUCCAGCAGAGCGACAGUGGCGCGGACCUCACAGAAUACUUAAAGCACGAUAUUGAAUCGGACUGGAACAAGUUCUGGUCAGUAAAUGGCGAAAAACUGAUUUGGCAAUCCUGGAUUGAGAAAUAUAGUGCCUAUAUAAAUCCCGAUUACCUUCAGCAUGACCAAGACGCGACAAAGGAAAACGAAGGAGUUAUUUUAACAGGUACUACCGAUGAUAACAGUGUCAAAUCGAAGCAUUCGUCGAGAGCAGAAAAGUUCUUAUUCGACGAAAAAGAAGUACAAAACUACAACACAGAACUACUAAGCAAGGAACUGCGUCACGAAGACAGACCCAGUUGCAGCCAAAGGAGGGACAACGACCUGCGAAACCGCAUCCUCGUUCGCAAUCUGUCUGGUAGCGACGAGAGGCUCUUCACUGAAGUUUCAGAAGGUUGGAAUCCUUUGUCGCCCCUCAGCAUAGACUGCGAAACGGAAGUGGAGAGGUUACUCAGCUCCCAAUGCGGUUCGCACGCCAGUAGUUCCCUUAGAACCGUCGAUUCUAUGACAAACGUUACUCGCAUGACCGUUUCAUCAUUGGAAUUGAGCAAUAGCACGUCGAGCUCGGAUAGUUUUUCCUCUGUGAGUUCAGUUAACAGCUCCUUAAGUUCGGAAGAAUCAGAAGAGGAUUAUCAGAGUCAGUGGAAUAUCCUUUGGAAAAGACAUUAUGAGGAAGAGUACCUACAACAGUACAAUAAGUUUAUCGAGUCGAUGAUAGAAGGUACCGUUACAGAUUCGCUUGAGAAAACCAACAAUCAAACAGGUAAAUCUGCGUUGCCGAAGAAAACCACUUCUGCCCCGAAUUCACUUAGUAAAGUGACGCAUACCCUUGGUGGUAUGUUAAUUAAUUUAAGCAUACCCGACGAUAAAUCUGAUAUCUUUCAAGAGGAUUGCAGUGAAGCAGAUUGCGAGCAAAAUGAAAACGUACAAAUUGAGUUGGAGGACAUGAUCGCUUUAGGGCUGCCUACCUGUUUUGGUACCCAAAAGUUUAAAAAGGCACCUGGGGAUAAUUGCGAAACAUUCAAAAGUUUACUAGGAAAAUCGAACAGUUUUGAGUCGAGCAGAAGCAGGAUCAAAGCCGCCUUUAACCUCCUCGGAAUAGAAUUCCGGGAAUCUUCCAAUCAGGCCAUGAGCGGCGAAGUGAAUUAUAAGAUGAAACAUAUUCGUCUGCAGAACCGGCAUUUAAAAAUGCGCCCCGAUCCUAAUAAGAAACCUAAACAUACCUAUUUCGACGACGACGGCAAUGCGCUGCCAGAACCAGAACAUAGCGAAGAGAUGACAUUCCACAACGUACUAUCUGACAGUUCGGAUAAUAAGUUGAGUUCUUGCGACGAAGAAAUUUUGCCGAACGAGGCGGUAACGUCCCCCAAAUCCGAGGAUAGAUCCGAAGAGACACCCGUGCCAAAACGUAAAAAGAGGAAAAAGAAGCCUUCGUUCCCUCCGGAAAUUAAAGAAAACGCCAGGUUGAGGAAGUACUGGCAUAGGAGAUUUUCCUUGUUCAGUAAAUUCGAUCGAGGAAUCAAAUUGGACGAAGAGAGUUGGUAUUCAGUCACACCCGAACAGGUAGCCAAGCACGCAGCCGAAAGAUGCCGCUGCAACGUAAUCGUUGACGCCUUUUGCGGAGCUGGCGGGAACGCAAUUCAAUUUGCUCUGACAUGCAACCAAGUUAUAGCGAUUGAUAUUGAUCCCAAAAAAAUUGAGCUCGCCCAAAACAACGCAAAAGUAUACGGCGUGGCCGAUAAAAUACAGUUCAUUGUGGGAGAUUUCUUUCAACUGGCCGAUAGUCUGAAGGCGGACAAGGUGUUUUUAAGUCCCCCUUGGGGGGGUCCCACUUACCUCAAUCAACCCAUGUACGAACUGGAAGAAAUGCUACAACCCGUUCCCCUGUCGCAAUUGCUGGCAGCCGCCAGGAAGAUAUCGUUGAACCUGGCAGUUUUCCUUCCCAAGAACAGCAAUACUUAUGCUUUGGUGCACGAAGCUGGCGUCGGCGGUAGAGUGGAAAUCGAGCAGGAUUUUCUGAAUAAGAAAUUAGUGGCCGUUACGGCGUAUUAUAAUGAUCUCAUAAAGGAAAAAUAGGUUAAUACUAAAUCAAAUUUUAAAUCAAAUAUUUGUAUUUUAAGUUUUAAACGUAUGAUGAUUGUGUUCAUAUCUUCGUUUCUAUAUAAAUAAAAAAAUAUC